AUAGACUGUGUCCUUGUCCAAUGGUCACCUUUGUCCCGCCCCUUUAGUGCCGCAGGAAAGAAAUAGCCAAUCACAAAAGAGUUCCCGGAAGGGGCUGGAGAGAGGGUUUAGUGUGUGUGCGACCCUGCUAGGUUGGUGAGGGACGCAGCAGGCGGCGAGAUGUCCUGGGCCGGUCUUCUCCGCGGCCUCACCACGUCCCUCAGUCGUGGCCUGGCCCUAGGUCCCCAGCUCUGGGCCACACGUUCCAUGGCCACCCUGAACCAGAUGCACCGCUUAGGCCGCCCGAAGGAACCCCCUAAACGUCUGGGUCCCACAGAGGGCCGGCCCCAGCUGAAGGGUGUGGUGUUACGCACAUUCAUCAGAAAGCCGAAGAAGCCCAACUCGGCCAACCGCAAGUGCUGCCGAGUGCGCCUCAGCACAGGCAAAGAGGCUGUCUGCUUCAUCCCCGGGGAGGGCCACACCCUGCAGGAGCACCAUGUGGUCCUCGUGGAGGGUGGUCGGACUCAAGACCUGCCUGGGGUUAAACUCAAAGUUGUGAGGGGCAAGUAUGACUGUGGCCACGUGCAAAAGAAGUGACCGUGAUUGACGGUGGUCAGGCACUGGGUCCCCAGAAACCACUUCUUGCUCUAGGGACCGCUAGUCUUGGACUCAAAUCUUGCUCCAACUCAUCAAGACUGUUAUAAAUCUGCCAGCAUUCUGGAGGUGAACUGGAAGGAAGCACCCUUCGGCCCACUCCCUUGACUCGUGUGUUUAGUAUCCACAGGUGGGAGCUCAUUGCUGGGUGGGAGUUGAAUAAACACCUGCAGCUUGUGGUGUCGCCCUUCGUGCACUGCCUCUCCCUGGCUGUGGUGACAUAUACCCAUCCCUGUACCCCAGUUCCCUCUUCCAGAGGAAAGUUUCCUGACAGAGGGGCUGUUCUAGGUGCUGACGAUUAUUAGUCAAAUGUUCCACAUGCUUAGUGCAUGUGUGUGGUGGUGUUGGUGUGCAGGCCCUGUGGAAGCCUGGCCCACAUGUGGCCAUGUGCCAGGUAACAGUAAGGCUGAUACUGGAAGGUCGUUGAAAUGGUGAAA